AUGGCAGAGAGUGAAAGGAAAGACAUCCUGAUGAAACAGAAAAGAAAGAUCCCUGUUGAGGAGAACUGCUGCUUGAUAAUGAAUCUGGCUGACUGUAUCGCUGCCAUGGCAACACGUGGUCAGUCGCCCAGGAGACAGUGUGCAGCAUGUGCAGUCCACAUCUCCCCGCCCACCAAGUCCACAUCUCCCCGCCCACCUAGUCCACAUCUCCCCGCCCACCUAGUCCACAUCUCCCCGCCCACCUUGUCCACAUCUCCCCGCCCACCUUGUCCACAUCUUCCCACCCACCUUGUCCACAUCUCCCCACCCACCUUGUCCACAUCUCCCCGCCCACCUUGUCCACAUCUCCCCGCCCACCUUGUCCACAUCUCCCCGCCCCCUUGUCCACAUCUCCCCGCCCACCUUGUCCACAUCUCCCCGCCCACCUUGUCCACAUCUCCCCACCCCCUUGUCCACAUCUCCCCGCCCACCUUGUCCACAUCUCCUCCCCGCCCACCUUGUCCACAUCUCCCCGCCCACCUUGUCCACAUCUCCCCACCCACCUUGUCCACAUCUCCCCGCCCACCUUGUCCACAUCUCCCCGCCCACCUAGUCCACAUCUCCCCGCCCACCAAGUCCACAUCUCCCCGCCCACCUAGUCCACAUCUCCCCGCCCACCUAGUCCACAUCUCCCCGCCCCCUUGUCCACAUCUCCCCGCCCACCUUGUCCACAUCUCCCCGCCCACCUUGUCCACAUCUCCCCACCCACCUUGUCCACAUCUCCCCGCCCACCUUGUCCACAUCUCCCCGCCCCCUUGUCCACAUCUCCCCGCCCACCUUGUCCACAUCUCCCCGCCCACCUUGUCCACAUCUCCCCACCCCCUUGUCCACAUCUCCCCGCCCACCUUGUCCACAUCUCCUCCCCGCCCACCUUGUCCACAUCUCCCCGCCCACCUUGUCCACAUCUCCCCGCCCACCUUGUCCACAUCUCCUCCCCGCCCACCUAGUCCACAUCUCCCCACCCCCUUGUCCACAUCUCCCCGCCCACCUUGUCCACAUCUCCCCGCCCACCUUGUCCACAUCUCCCCGCCCACCUUGUCCACAUCUCCCCACCCACCUUGUCCACAUCUCCCCGCCCACCUUGUCCACAUCUCCCCGCCCACCUUGUCCACAUCUCCCCGCCCCCUUGUCCACAUCUCCCCGCCCACCUUGUCCACAUCUCCCCGCCCACCUUGUCCACAUCUCCCCACCCCCUUGUCCACAUCUCCCCGCCCACCUUGUCCACAUCUCCUCCCCGCCCACCUUGUCCACAUCUCCCCGCCCACCUUGUCCACAUCUCCCCACCCACCUUGUCCACAUCUCCCCGCCCACCUUGUCCACAUCUCCCCGCCCACCUAG